AUGUCCAACCGAAACCAUGCUGACCAGGACAACCAAUGGAUAUACGAGUUGGAAAAAUGCCAAUCCAAGAUUCUUGGGCUACCAAACAAAGUCAUGGAACUUAUUUGUAGAUUUCUACCAACUCGAGCCGACCAAUUCAAUGCAUGUCUAAUUCAUCCUAUCUGGGAAACAGCAGCUAGAAACAUUCUUUGGGAAGCACCCAAGUUCUAUGAACCGGCAUCGUUCCGAGCAUUUGUCAACACAGUAAUGACGACAAAAAAAUGCGCUCUUGCAGUCAGAUCGCUCAGCAUGUGUGCGGAUGGACCGGACGACCAUGCUAUAUUCAAGCCAAUUGACAACUCAGACUUGAAGCUUCAUGACACACAACUCACAACACUGUCCAAUCCUAGCUUCAUUCGAUUCAUGGCCUCUCGAUGCGAAAAACUCAAAAGUCUGAAAAUAUACGGAUACAAUCUAGAAAGCUCACAUGUAGAAACACUUGCUAGCAUCUUGAGUGACCUUACUGAUCUUCAUAUUAUUGGCAAUAAGCGUGACCCACAAGACCCAAGUUCGCCACACCCUCCGCCAUUUGUCAUUAAUAGCAACAUACUCUCACGACUUCGAUCACUGGGCCUAGACGGUGUGUUCAGUAUUACUACAUCAUUUUCAAAAACUUUAGCCACCCGAUGCCACAACCUUCAGUCAAUACAUCUAUCACUUGCAGGAAUGAGUGCAAACGGAUUGGCUGAGUUGUGUAGUCAUGAUAUAUUGGAUUUAAAAGAACUUGUUUUUACUCAUGCUGCACAUAUCAAAGACUCUCACAUGACCCAUGUUCUUAAAGCCUUUCCAAACCUUGUUCGACUUGCAGUAGAGAACGCGGGUCAUCUAACAGUCGAGACUAUCAGAGAUGCCUUUACUUACUCCAGGUUUCUCGAAGAUCUUGAUAUUCGUGGCAAUUCGGCAUACCAAUUACCUCUACCCAAUAAAGACAGUGGCAUUGACGACGAGGAAACCUGGACUGUGGCACCCAAUAUGUACCGGCUUGCGAUCCAUCAUCUGGAGAUAAGCAAUACACAUCUCACUCACAUCCUCCGCGCAUGCCCCUCGCUCACUGUAUUCGGUAUCUCUGACUGUGACUCUCUGACGGACGAACCUCUUGAAAAGUCGUUUGGCUGGCUCAAUAAACUUGAAGUAGCCCACAUAAUCCAGUGCAAAAAGAUUGGUAGCAAAACCAUCAACGCUAUGAUAAAAAAACAGACACGUAAAACGAUAAGAGAAGUCAACUUUGAAGGAUCUGGGCAUAUUAGACCAAGCGAUAUCUAUCAACUUUGUCGAGAAACACAUAUACAUCAUCUUAAAACGUUACGACUUGUGAACUACCCGGAACUUAUGGAUUCAACUAUUGGGCACUUUGCGACCGUUUUACAGGAAAAGGAAAGCAUAAUGAUUUUGGACGAAAAGGCCAUCGAGCUACUAGUAGACACACCUAUGGAACAAUACUCUGACCUCGACCAGAAACCACAAGCACGCUUUCUCUCAGGAGAUCAAAUUAUUGCCCUAGCCACUGAACUUCAGCUGAGUUUGCCUGCACUCGAGCAUAUUCUCAAUAAAGUACAAAUUAUGGCACCAGAUAGCUCAGAACAAGAAAGCGACGAAAACUCAAGCUCAUCUCAAGUAUUGCAUAAAUACAGUAACUCGGAGUACGACAAUCAAACCAACAAGAGCCAAGCAGAGUAUACAGACAAUUCCACUGAAAGAACAACAAGUCAACUAUCUACACAAUGGCCCGGCACAAGUCUACCUCUCAAAACGUCAGAGCCAGAAACAGGUGUCAGUUCACCUGAGAUCCAGAACCGAAGCAGUACUCAAGACUAUACAUCUGAAAGUGAGCGAGACACAUCUGGAUCAUUGUUAUCUGCAAGUUCAUUUAUUGGUUCUCCUUCUGAUCGCCCAGAGAUGGACUCCACUGAGAAUAUUAACAACGAAAAAUCUCUUGGUGGAUGGACACAAUCUGAUGGACAAGACUGGGCCAAGGGGGCCGAGAUUUCUACUUUAAAUCCCAAAGCAAAUCAUGAUCGGAAACCAGCACAAGGCGAUUCAAAGCAAAAAGAUGCCAUGCGUUGGAAUGCAAGCAGAGGGCAGCCCAUGUCAAAUGGCACAGCAAAUAAAAAAUUCAAUGCUGUGUUCGGAGCAGAAGAAGGCUGGGGAAAUGUUGAGAAUGUUGUCCCGUGGGAACAGACCAAAGGAUAUGUACCUGAUGUUCUGGAGGCACAAUCAAAUACUAUAUACUGGGAGCAAACCAGAGAUGGAGAAUGGAGUAAACUCUCGGCUAGGAAGUUUGCAGAAUUACCUCCAGCAGCCAACAAUCAGCGCUUGAGCACACCGAUUAGUAGAACACCAAGACGCAGAACAAGAGCAGGAGCAGGAGGAGGAUCUUUCAGAAGCUCAGAUGAUAGUUCGGACAACAGUGAUUCAGAGGUUAUGCGUACUGAUAUUGUAUACAAUCCUGCGGAAGGAAGCUUCCAGCCUAAAACACAAAAACCUACAAGAACAACUGCUCUCCCUACAAGGCCAAGAAGCCAGUCCCCAAAAACUACAAACCUUCCAAAAUACACCGCUACAACAACCACGGCCACUCCAACCACUUCUACUCCUACCACAAUUGAAGGCUGGAAUAAAUUUAGAGCGUCAAGCACAAUGUCGGCCAAUCUUCUCCCAAAUUCCUCGUCUCGUAAUUUCCGUCAACCUCAACCACGAGCUAUAUCCGGAGCCUUAAGGAAAAAACAAGGAACAGUUCGUCAGGCUAUUCCUCCAGGAAAGAUGACAGGCAGUUGGGGAAGCUACAGUGCACAAGCAACUGCUGUAGAUGAUCAACGCCCUCACAAACUUAUCGACACUGACGACAUUGUGCAACCUCAUUCUAACCCUCCAAGCACACCAGAAUAUACAAAACCAGUUAAUGCGGAUUUAAAGAUGUUAGCCGGUAUUGACUUGUCAUUUCCGAAAGAUGACAACGAAAACAAACAAGCACAUGACACUCCAUCCGAAUCAAAUAUACCAGCUGAAGUUAUUAUCUGGUCAAAUAAUAGUGACAGUACAAGCAAGCAACCCCCAGCAAAUUCUCACCAAGAACAAAAGCAUUGGGGUGGUCUGACAGUUAACAAAGACCAGGUUGAAGAUGUUGAUACUUCAAAGGACUCGUUAUUACUGCCUAAAGAUCCAAUUCAAACCAAGGAAAAAGGCGCCGAACUUACGCCUAUGCCAACUUCUCCCCCAUUCUUGGAGCCCGUUUCCAAUCAACUUCUCGACUCAGGUACUGCGACCCCAGACAAACCUGUUGAGACUUCCCCAACAAGCUCAAGUAAAGAGAAACCGGGAAAGAGGGCAACAUUUAAAAUUUCAACAAAAGAUCACGGUGUUCAGUGUCUACUGUUUUUUGAGGGCUCCAAUGUACAAGACUGCGUGGAAGAAUUUUGCAAAAAGUAUUCCAUGGAGGAUCAAGUGUCGAUCUUGUUAGAUCAGGUUGAAGAGCCCUUUAUGAAGUGGAAGACCGACCUCGUUAUGAAAAGACAUAGUAAGAACAACAAGAAGUCCAAGAAGUCGAAAACUUAGCCAUAGUCUUUACUUUGUCAGUUUAAUUUUCCCUUUCUCUUUUGCUUCUUUUCUCUUCCUUUCAUUUAUUCCAUAGCUUUCAUUUAUUUGCUCUCAAAACAAUCAAUAAAUACUGUAAUACAUACAUAUAUAUAUAUGUAUGUAUAUUCUU